AUGUCUAGACCCAAAAUAAUUAUUGCGGAAGACGGGAUUUCCGGCGACCAUGAACUGCCAGAGGAAACGCAGGCUCCAGAAGGUCCUAAUUUCGAGGUUUCGACGAUUGUGGAAUCCCCCGCCUUCAAGUUUUUCAGCAGCCUUUUCCCGGCUGUUAAACUAAAUGAUCCAGGGUUUCAAAUCAUCAAGCCGGAUGAUGGUCCAGCUGAUGUUUUGCUUUUGAAAGACAUCUUUGCUUCUUCGAGGGACCUGGAAGCCUAUAUCAAAGAAGCGAGGGCCGAAGUGAUACUCUACCAUAUGUCAAACCAAUCGAAUGAUCAAGCCACAUUGGAUUUAGCACGCAAAGGACUCUUUAUCAAAGAUGGCGUGCAUGAUCCCGAAAGCCUUGUCGUGGUUGUUACAGCCGAAGGUCUUCGAGCACAGGGGAUUGCACUAUCUCGCAGUCUGUCUUGGGAGAAGACCUGUGAGGAAUUUGUAGGCAAGCUCGGCUCCGUUGGAUCAUUGGUGCAUCUUAUAACUUGCGCUCAUCUUGUUGUGCUCUACGAUUGCGAUGGAGCCAUUUAUCACCGUGGGUCCCGCGGUGAUCAGCCGGUAUUGUUUUUCGAUUCCAGAAGCAUAGAAGGCGAGUUCGCUCAACGAAACCCGGGAUCCGAAGGCAUGUCUACAGAUGCCUUCCUGCUCGGGCUCGCCGCAAAAUUGGCAGAGAGGAUCGCCGGUGGCUAUCAAGAUAUCUCUGCCGCUAUUGAAGACGGAAUCAAGUCUGGUCUUUCCAUGAACCGGCAAUUAUUAACUUCACAAUCGCAAUGGAGGGACACGUACGACAAUUUGAGAUGCGAUUCGAUUGUGAGGUUCGCAAUUCCCUCGGAUGAUCUUAGCAGAGGCUCCAAUCUCAACUGGUCCAUUCUAGACUAUACCACUGGCAACCUCGUCGAAGUGGCUCGACAGAUUGUCAAAAAGGGCGUGAAAUCAACGAGUGCUGACGUCCCAUUUGCUCUCUUCAACGACCUAAUGCUCGUGGAUCGUCAAGAAGUUGAAAUGUUCCGUGCCGUCUCUAGAUUACUUCACAACUAUCUCACAGUGCCGAGUCUUACGAAGCCUCUUAACGUGGCAAUUUUCGGGCCUAAGGGCUCUGGAAAGUCGUUUGCGGCCAUGCAAAUGUCAAACUCACUAAGCAAACUGGCUCGGAUAAAAGGGUUUGAGAUUGAACAAUUUCAUUUUGACUUUUCUCGUUUCAUGAAAUACGAAGAUGCAGUAGCUGCCCUUCAUCUCAUGAGGCAGCAUAGUCUCGGAGACAAAGUCCUGCCUGUUAUGUUUUUUCGCGGAUUUGAUACCAAGUUAUCACCACCAUUGGCAUUCAGAGAGUGGAUUCCUCAUCUGCUGAGUUCCAUUCUCCAAGGGCAAAUCUGGUGUCAAGGUCUAAAUUUACUGAUUAGGCGCUCUGUCUUUUUCUUUGAAUCAACAAGAUUCAGAACCUUGGAAGAAUUUAGAAGUAAUUUAACAGAUACAGACAGCAAUAGUUACCUAGAAACAGAAGAGUUCCUAUCCCAUUUCCAUGGAUUUAUCAACUUGCUCGGUCCGGAUUGUGUGGACGAUCAUGACGAGUUAUAUCCGGUCCGCAGGGCAGUUAUUCUUCGAAGUUUACUAGAAGAAAAAGCACCAAAACUUAUUGAAGAAAAGAAGGAAGUAAAAGUUGAUAAGAGGGUCCUUGAUGGGCUUCUAAUCACUCCUCGCUUUCGACAGGGGAUUCGAUCACUCAAGGCUAUUAUCGAAAUGAGCAGUUUAGGCAACGCUGAUCAUUUCCAACUAUUUCACCUUCCACCAGAAAGUCAACUAAACCUGCACGUUGACUAUCAUGCAUUUGAAAGAUGUAUGAACGGCCAGAUCCUGCCUGAUGACAUCCGUGAAGUGCUUGCCGAAAGGCUGAACGAUGUCUACUUGCAACAGCGCUUGAAGUCUGCUUCGAGCAAGGCUGAAUUUGAAGAGAUCCGCGACAUGGAAUGGAAUUACUUGGACGAAGAACGCAGAGAGUCCACAAGAAUACACGCAGAUACUAUACCCGGCAAACUACAGCUUGUGUCCUGUUUUCUUUCCAAGACUCGACCGCAUUACCGAGCUACUGUAGUCCAGGAGUUUGAAAAAGACGAAGUCGAGCUGUUGGCCGAGGCUGAGCAUGAUCGAUGGAAUACAGAGCGGCUGCAAAAGCAAUGGCGACUUGGCCCGAGGAAGCCGGAAGAGCGUCAAAGCCCUUUUCUGGUGCCGUGGAGUGAACUCUCGGAAUACGGUCGUAAUCUCGAUCGUGCGAUGGUUGCGUGCUAUCCCAGGAUUCUGCCACCGGGAUAUGCAAUCUAUCGGCUUGGAGGAACUGCAGAGAAGAAAAGUACCUAG